GAAAGUGAAUAUGUUUGUCGGCUGGAUAGUAUUUACCUUGGCCCCUCUUCUUGCCUCUGGAGAUAAAGAGGUGACAUAUUGUGUAGAUGUUGUGUUUGUACUUCAAACAUCAUGCAACCUUGAUGACUCGCUGGUGAAUGGAGCCACACAAUUCAUCAUCAGUCUAGUUGGCGAAGUGUCUGAUGAUGAAGAUUCGACCAUGACACUAAUCACAUAUGAUGAGGUGGCUAAAGAGGUGAUAUCACCCCAAAUCCCCUCGAAAUUCAUUACUUCUCUGAAGAAGGGGAUUUCAAGAGGUGAUAGUUGUCCAAACAAUUUUAUGGCAAAAACAGCAGAUGCUCUUGACCUUGUUGACACAAACAAUUAUUUCUCAGAUGGUAAAACUAAAAGGGGAAAAAUGGUGGUGGUACUUAGUGAUGGUGUUUCGUUUGAUCUGAAAACCAACAUGAUAGCAACUUUAACAAAGACAACGACUGCUAUCAAAAACUUACAAAGCAAGGGUGUGAUAUUCGCUACAUUUGAAUUCUAUGACUAUAUCCAAGGGAGAGAUGAUGAUCGGAAGGGUGAUGACGAAUACGCCCUGUACAACCCAGUACUUCGCAUGGACUUCGAUGCCGAUCACAGACUAAGUUUUGUUAAUGUACUGAGUAAAUGUGAAAGCGAAGAUAAACCGCCUGAAUGCAGAGUGCCUACAUUGGACCUUAUCUAUGUUAUUGAUCGGUCAUUGUCCAUCGCUGCAGAGGACAUUAGCAAAGUAAAAGAUUUCUUGGUUCAACUCAGCAGGAAAAUAAUGUCGACUUCUGUAGAAACCUGGAUAGGAGCACUUUCAUACAACUCUAAACAAAUACCUGAACUAAAUCUGCAAGGAAAUAAAGUACAGAGAGAUAUUGAGGGCAUAGUAAAAGCACUGGAGGCUAUUCCAACUACAACUAGUGAUGGGACAUACAGCCACAAAGCAAUUCAGUAUGCUCGAACUCAGAUGACGUACCUCAACAAUGAGCAUAAUAGGCAGGAUGCUCAAAAUCUGAUUAUAAUGAUAACGGAUGGUGUGACAAACAUAAAGCCAUAUCUAAACAAGGAUCCGAAAAAACAAGAUAAAUAUUCACAUUUAACAAUUAAGGAAGCUGGAAAAUUAACAUCUGGAAGAACAGAUUUGGUAUUAGUAGGAUUGCCUAACAUGCCAGCAUUGAGAUUGCUAGAAAGUGACAAAAAGAAAGACAAGGAAUUAGGCAAAGCAAAGAUAGAAGCUGGCAAAAAUGAAUGGAAAGGAAUGAUAGAGAAUAGAUAUCCAGGUGACAAAGAGAAGCUGGAGACCAAUCUGUUCUUUUUGAACAGCAUGGAUGACUUGUUGAACAGAUUUGAUGACAUCUUGGCGACAGUGUGCAAGAUGAAAUCCUUGUAACAACAAAAUUUGAAAGAAGUCCAGUCAAGUGAUUCAAAUGUCAUUGAUCUAUUGGAUAAUUAAAAUGGCUGAAAAUAAUUAUA